AUGGCACAGGUGGAAUUCGCGACUUCCAAUCCCUUUCCGGAUCCUCAAGAGCGCGCGAAUAUUGCGCAAUCAGCCUUCCGUGAAGCGCUUGCGCUCAGCGACCUUGCGGAUGACUUCCACACGCUGACGAGGAAGGACAUGAAGCUGAAGGCCGCGGUAACGCUAGUCCCCACAGCCUACGGCCUCUGCAAGGCGCCAAGGAACGAGCAGCACAAGCAAGCCAACAAGGCUCAGGUUUCCAAGCUCCUCGCUAACGAAGGCAAACUGUUCCACUGCGAGGAUCCGGUCACUGGACGAGGUCGUUUCCAGCAUCAAGUCAUCGCCGAGAUCAUCCACGAGGUAUUCUUCUCUCAUCCAAGUUCGCUUGGCUGCAUCUAUCAGGAUCAUUUCAAGACGAUCUCGAAUGAGCUCAUAGCCCUUGUCCUGACGUCGGUUCGUCACACUCUGAAGAUGUAUGAGACUGGGCUCAAAGUCACUGCCCCGUUUCGUGCUGUGAUCGAGUACAAGGUAUACGAUCAGUAUCUCGACGCGCUCAGUGACUACGACUCCGGUUCUGUCAAGUCCCUCUGGAGAAGAUAUCGCCGUGAUAUAUUCAAACAGGGACUAGCGUACUCCGGGUGUGUCGAGAAAGCGGACAAUGUUGAACGGGUGGUCGACGUUCUCGAGCCUGAAGCGAUGGAAGAAGAACUCCAGUACAUGCUAUCGAAGUACGGUGAUGACUCCGGCGAUGAUGAGCCCCGCCAUCCGCCUCGCGUUGAAGGUCCCUCGUCUACCAGCCGGUCAACACCCUCGGGGGAACCGGAAGACACGUCCGCAGCGUCAGGGGAGCCGGAAGACACGUCCGAUGCUGACGAGGUCGAGGCGGGACGACCAUCUCGUGGUCACUAA